AUGCAGGACUCCAAAAGCAACAUCAUGUUCCGUAAAACCCGAGCUUACAAUGGCCGCAACGACAGCUCAAUAGAUUCUGACUUUUCCCAAGAACAAGCCAAGUACGACCAGCAGCGCCAGCGUCGUCAAGAAACCGAAGAGCAGCGAAGGGUCAUGCUAUUUGGCAGUUCUGAAGAAAAAGCUGCCCAUCAGUCCAAAGUGAAACAAGAUGCAAAUCUUCAGCUAAUGAUGAGAGAACAGCAAGAAAAAGAGCGUCGCGACAGACAGAGAAGAGAAGACCAAAGGGUAGAAGAGCACAGGCAGAUGAUGGACGACAUGUAUAACCAAAGAGAAAGAGAACGCAGAGAAAAAAUGCGACAAAUGCAAGAAGAAAAUAGGAUGGCAAUCAUGGCAAAGAACUCAGAAAGCCUUUAUAGAAAAGUGAACCAAGAUAGGCAGGAUAAGGACUCAAUCAAUAGCAAUAUCAGCAACUACCAGCCUAACGUAUUUUAA